AUGAAAUUGACAACCGGAGAGGGGUUAGUAGGGAAAACAACGGCCGAGAGGUUCACCGGCGGCUCAGACGCAACUACCGACGACCAGAGAUCCAUCAACUAGUUAGUCGAACCGCUCGGGAACCGCCUUGGGCACAAACCGGGGCUUCUAGACCAAGUUGAACUGGUUUGGUACGAGCUGGGCCGGAUCUGCUCGAGCUGGCUUCGCUGGACCGCAUUUGGGCAGUUCAAUUUGGGCUCGACGUCUCGGUCUGGCCUGGCGCUGGUCGCGAACGCGCGUCAGGUGGUUGGGACGCGUGGACAAGUGGACGGACGCGGGCAGGCUCUGGAUCCUCGGGCGCGUGCGGUGCGGGUCUCCUAUGUCGACGCAGACUGGUCCUCGGGCGUGUGGAACCAUGCGGGCGUGCUCCGUACGUAUCCUAUGCGUGCGCGGACUGAGGCGCACGUGCUUCUCGCGCUGGGAGCGAGGCGCGACGAACACGGGCGGUGGCGAUGCACGAGCAGGCAUUCGGGGCUGGUGUCUCGCGCGGGNGGGAUUGCGUGCCACGACUGGCUGCCUCACGGUUGCGUGCGGCUGGGCACUGGCGGGGUUCCGGCGGCGACGACGAUUUUCCGGCGGCUAUCGGCGGCGUUGGACGGCGGCGUUCGACGAUCCAAUACGGCGGCAAUCUGCAACCACUCCAAUAUCUUGAUCUACUCCGCCAAUACCGACUACGAGAGAAAGGCAUUUGCAGUUGAUUGGAGUCUAGAUGGUGAGAAAGUAGCAUCUGGAGGCUAG